AUUAUUAAUGCAACAACAAGCUGGCAACAAGCUCUAAAAUAGCACCAAUUACUGCCAGCUCAUGGUUAUUUUAGGUUCAAUUUUUAACAACUUUAAUGAAGGGUAGAAAGAGAUUCAUCUCCAGCAUCGCAUCUACAUUCGAGUCUACAUUAACAUCAGCUAAGAAAGCAUCUACUGUCAAGAAACAGAACAAUGGAUCAGCAGUCCUUGAACUCUACACCAUUAAUCAGACCAAUACAGGCUCAGAGAAAUGCCAGCGCCUUCUUUGAAAAAUAUGACUGGAGAGAAGUUCAAGAACUGCUCAGUCUUACAACCUGCAGCUGGUUAUUUUGUCCCGAAGAUUUUAAUCUUCCCAUUAACGCACCACCGGGAUUAAUCAGUCACAUUCAGCCCUUCUACCAGACCAGUGCUGUAAUUCUGGCCCCGUUUGACUCCAGUGUGGCUCUGGACUUUAAAGUGGUGCAUCAGAUAGUCAGGGAGCUCACAGUCGGAAUCUACUGCUUCAACCAAGUGCCAUCUCUCAGCCUGGAGCCCAGCUAUGAUCAGAGCUCCUCCUGCUACCUGCCUCCAGCCUACUACGAUACCAAAGUGGGACAAAUACUGAUAAACGUAGACUACACCAUGAAGGCUCUUUGGCAUGGGGCGUACAUCCCAAAAGAAAAACGCCUCUGUUUCUCUGAACUCUGGAGAUCCGGAAUGGAUGUUGAUGUAAAUGGAGUUCCACAGAAUAAGAAAGUCAUACUGGCACAAUUUCUUGCAGCAGGAUUAAUAGAUACAUCAGACGACCCUUGUUACCAGGGCAUAUAUGAGGACACAAAUGAAAGAGACCCAACGUAUGAACCAGACAGUGCAGAGGAGCAGAAGCUAUUCUCCCAGUAUGCUGAAAAUAUCCUGCUGAAGAUGACCUUUUACUCGACCUCCGUCCAUCAGCACGAAAACCUCUUCACCUUCGAGGGGACCCACAGCUUGUCUAGCCUGGUGCGGUUGACUGAGGACGUCCUGGAGCUUGGCAUGUACCAACGGCUACAGCAAAGGCUGACCCGCCACGUGAGCCUGGUGAAGAAAAACCUGGGUCGGAAAGUGGAGCUGGCCAGAGACUUGGCCUACCUGAAGCUCAUUGGCUUUUUAGUACCCUUAUUUAUAGGCCUGAAGAAAAAGAUGAGGAUUCCUGACCUGUCUCAGCUGCUUCCUCGAAUGUCGGACGACAAGCUGAAAACUGAGCGAGAGUUACCCCCUCUUCUUCUUGGACCUGGAUUCUCCUGUAAACACUUUCCAUACAAGUCAAAUGAGUAUUUCCACCUUCACGGUGGGGUUGAGUUUGACGUUGGGACUCCUGAGCUAGAGGACAUCACUGAGGAGAUGAAGGUGGCAUUUACAACACUACAGGUCCAAGCAGCAGAAUAUUUAAACGAAUUACUUCGACAAGACGGCAAAUACAAAAAACACUUUCCUCUACCGCUCAGCGAGAUUGACGGGAAAAGGUACAGCGUGAUCUCCAUUCCGCUGGCAUCCUUUUAUCCCCAAGCUAACAAAGUUCAGUGGUGGGACGCCAUGAACAUCACAAUCAAAACCACGAGGGAACAGAAACUGCCCCUAACAGACAUCCAGCUCCAUGAACAGUUCAAGAAAACGUUCGGCUAUGACAAAGCCAUGACGUUCAAGAGUGUUUCAGACGGACUCCGUGCAGCAGUAAAGCACGGCCUGUCAGCCACGUUUUACACUUUGAGCCAUACGAACUCCUCGGCUCACCUGGAAGAGCUGGACGCAAGCGGCUUCUCUUUGCUUCACCACGCUGCCGCGUAUAACCGAACCCACAUCAUCUGCCAACUGGCGGCUGCUGGCAUUAACCUCAACCAAACAAGCAGCGGGAGGUUCGCCAGCUCAGGUCUCACACCGCUGCAUGUGGCGGCGAAGUGCGGCUCCCUCGAGGCUCUCAGCUGUUUACUGGCUCUGCACGCCGACUGCAGACUGGUUGACCGGAGAGGCUGGAUGGCCGUGCAUUUUUCAGCCCUCUACGGUCAGGUCGCGUGUGUCCAGGCCCUGUGCAGGACAGAUCCAACACUGCUGGACGUGAACACGCUGGCAGAGUAUCACAGCACCCCGCUCUUACUGGCAGCGAUGUCCGGAUCCUCGGACUCUCUGGUCUUCCUGCUGUCCAGUGGGGCGGACUGGAAAACGACCGACAGUAAGGGCAACAACGUGGUUCAUCUGGCAACCCUGUACUUCCACACCAACAUCCUCAGACGCCUCAUUCAGCUGAAUCUGGAGGGCCUUCCCGUCUGGAAGCUUCUCGUUGAGAUGCUGCACAGUGAGAAGAACAGGACAGUGGAGAUGGCGGUCAGGUGCACGGAGGCUCUUUGCGUGAACGCUGACCCCUACUGGAGAGACAUCACGGACGCAGGCGGCGUCGCAGCUCUGGUGAAGCUCCUGCGCAGCGACAGGCCGUUGCUCCAGCGCAUCUCUGCCGCAGUCUUGUGUCAUCUGACCGUGAAUGCGCCGGUGUGUGAGGAGCUGGUGCAAAAUGAAGCAGUCCGGGUGCUGGUCGAGCUGGUCAGCGUCCAGAAUCCAGAGCUGCAGUCACGCUGCACUGUUAUCCUGGCAGACCUGGCCGGGCACAGCGCCGGGUACCGGAGUCACAUCGAUGAGCUGGGUGGAGUGACCCCGGUGGUACAGCUGCUGAGCUCCGACGUCCAGGACGUGCUGGUGAACGCUAUAAAGUGUGUCCGAGCUCUGUGUGACGCCUGCCCCCGAAUCCAGAACGCAGUGGCGCUGUCUGGAGGGAUUCCACUCCUGGUCGAGCUACUCGCCGUCACCUCGGAAGUUGUGCAGGAAGAGGCGUGUCUGGCCCUGGCCGAACUGGCCCGUGGACACCGGGAGAACCAGGACCUGAUCUGUGCUGCGGGUGCUGUAAGUUCCCUGGUGCAGAUCCUGAGCACCGGAAAAAUCUCCACGCAGGUCAAAGCAGCCAAAGCUGUGGAGGCCGUAGUGAACCGAAACGCCGCCGCACAGGAACUCUGUCAGAGGAAAAACACCCACGUGCACCUGAUGUGGCUCCUGAAGGUAUUCCAUCAGGAAACGCGGGAACAGGGUGCGACGGCUCUCUGGGCCCUUGCAGGAAACACACCAAAGCAGCAGAAGAAUAUCGCCAAGCUUCUGGGCCAUGAAUUCAUCCUGGACCUGGUCCUGUCCACAUCAGAUAAAAUGCAGUACGUAGGAUGCCAAGCGGUGACCGCGCUCAGCCGGGACAGUCGUCUUCACCAGAAAGGACUCUGCAGGGAAAAAGUGGUCCAGCCCCUGGUGCGAAUCCUGCGGGGCUCCCGUACCACCGAGAGAACCCUCCUCAGUGUCAUCGGUGCUCUCAGAGCCCUGUGCAUUGGACUGGCUCACACUAAUAACAUGAACAGUCAGAGGCUGAUUCAUGAAGAAAAGGCCGUUCCGACUUUAUUAGAGCUUCUGCAAAACCACAGAUCUCUUCAGGUCAAGGUCCAGGUCGCUCAGACGCUGGCGUGCAUACUGAUGGGGAAUAAAAAAGUUCAGGAGGCAUUCUGGGAACACGAAGACUUUUCUUACGACACCAUAGUGAAUCUGCUGCACGCCCCAGACCGAAACAUCGGUCUGGAGGCAGGCCACGCCCUCGCUCUGUUUGCAUACGAUAACAUAGAGGAGCAGUUAACCAUCGGGCAGUACAGCGGCGUUCGGAUGGAGAUCUACGAGCCCUUUCUGACCUCAGAUGAUCAGACGGAGCGGGCCAGAGCUGCUUUUCAGAUCAUCGUGUUGGCCAAAGUGAUCAAAGGUUCGGACCAGGUGACCCUGACGGCGAGGGGAGUCACAAUCCUGGCGGAGUUACUGCAGUCUGAAAACCCCACCGCCGUCGUCAUCACAGCUCAGUUCCUGGCGAGCCUGGCACACAUGAGACGAGGUUUACCUGACGCCAUCGUCACCAUGGGCGGGGUAAAGCACCUCUGCGCUCACCUGUACUCCGACAACGAGGAGGUACGCGCGGCCUGCGCCAACGUCCUCGGCUACCUGACCUACAACCGCCACGCUCACCGCCAGCUGCUGGUGGAGUGCAGAAACCGAACGCUCACGUACAAACUGCUGAUGGAUAAUCUGGAUCCAGACGCUCAGAUCUGCCGCAGGUUCACGUCCGAGUUCGACAGACAGAGGAGAGCGGGUCUUCCCUCGCUCAGUUUGGAGGAAAACGGAGGUCCACCAGUCCGGCAGCACUACAGUAAAGGAAUCAGACCCACAUCACAGAGCCGACCCGCCACCGGGGCACCGCUGCAGAGGAGCCGGACCACCGAUCCCCGGGUUCGAUACGCUGAUGAAGCCUCCGCGAGUUCGUACAGACCUAAACUGGAAAAACGACGCUCGAGUAACGUCACCUGAUGUCAGAAUCUCAGUGCUCUGUAGGGAGCCGGAGGGAAAAAAGCACUUAAAAACACUAAAAAUAAUACAAAAUGAAUAAACUAUAAAGAUUUGAUUUUAA